AUGGGAAUCGAUGGAAUUAUGGUUUCUGAUUCUAAUGCAAAUGCCCUUCAAUUCAUGGCUUCAGAUGGGAUUUUGAUGGGAUUUGCUGGAACAACAUCAACCUUAGGUGGUAAUUUCAACGCCAAGGGAUCACUUUUAAAUGGUCCGCAAGGAAUUGCCGUUCAUCCUGUCACUAAUCAAAUUUACAUUUCUGAUACCAAUAAUCACAGAAUUAGAGCCAUGAGUUUAAACACUGAUGAGAUUGUCACGGCCUUUUUGAAUCAACCAAAAGGUCUCUCCUUCUCCUCUCAAGGUGUUUUAUACUUUGCUGACUCUUUAAAUUGUCGAGUUCGAAAGAUUUUACUCAACGGAACCAUUACUAUUGUAGCAGGAAAUGGUAUUUGUUCAGAAACCCCAACAUCAGCUCAAUUGGCAACAUCCUCUCCUUUAUUAAGUCCAGUAGAUAUUUCUGUCAAUCCCAUCACUGAAGAUGUGUAUAUUGCAGAUUUCAGAACUAUUCGAAAAGUUGAUGCAUCGACUGGAAUGAUGAUCACUCUACUUGUAACAUCUGGAACUAUUUCAUCUCUGUCCUACGAUGUCAAGAAUGAUAACCUUUAUUAUACCGACUCGACCAAUACCAUUGUAAAGUCAGAAUGUCACUCUUUCCUUCAAUCAAGAAUUGCAAUUUCUCCAUUAAAUUCGAAAGAGUUGUUUGUCGUGGAGCCAACAGCAAAUCGAGUUCGAAAAGUAUCAUUAACUUCACCAACUCAAGCCAAUGUUGAAACGUUGAUAGGAGGAAUUGGAGAUGGAGGUCUAGCUCGAGACGCCAUUCUUAAAUACCCUACUGGUAUUCAUGUGACAUCUGACAAUGUCUUGUAUUUUGCAGACACAGAACAUGGUUUGGUACGAAAAAUUCAAAACAAUAUUAUCACCACAGUAGCUGGAAAUAGAGACAAUGCAGAGGCCUGGACAAUAUUGAAGCCAUCAAAUCUUCACUUCAAAAACCCACUGGAAAAAGUCAAUGCACAAGGAAUCAUUUCAACAGUUGCUGGUUCAGGAGUUCAGGGAUGGAACAUUGAUAUCAACAAUUCUGGAAUGCAUCCAUUAUGGGUGGCUCUGAAUAUGCCAACUGCUGUUUCAGUCACUCGUCUUGGAACUAUUUUCAUUUUGGAUCGUGGAAAUAGUCGAAUUUUGAAAAUUGAUCGAUUUUCAAAGCUAUUGACAGUCGUUGCUCAAAUAUCUUACACAGCGAAUGGUCUUCCUCCUUCCCAAAACUUGUACACUCCCAAUUUAAUGAGAGCUGGAAUGUUUUUAACCGAAAAAGGACAAUUAUUAUUCACAGAUCCUGUCAAAAAUCGAGUUGGAAAAUAUUACCAAAUUAAAAUUUCAGUUCAAAAUUUACAAGAACCCAUUCAACUUGUCUUUACCAAUGUCAAAGGAACGCUCGAUCUCAACGCGACCAGUCCUUUCAAUUUCACUUGCAUGUACUUUGAUGAAUCGAGUCAAUCCUGGAAAUCCGACGGAGUGGAAUCCAUUCUCAAAGAAAAGAAAACCUUAGAAGCUACCAAUUCACAAUCUUCUCCAAUGGUUGUCUUUUCCAUGGUGUGUCGAACAUAUCACUUGACUUCAUUUGCUGUGAUUGACAUGAAUUAUAAGAAGGCUUCUCAAAAGAAUGAAGAGAUCAAGUCAGGAGGAGUGGAGGUUGACACCAAUUCACAGACCUUGAUGAUUGCAUUGAUUGCAUCGUUGGUUGGAUCGUGUGUCUUGGUGAGUUUGGUUGGUGCCAUUGUGUUGGUUGUGGUUGUGUUGUGUCUACGAGCGAGAAAAGCCAGACGUCAAAAUGUGUAA